CCUCUCCCCAUCGAUGGCAACUCGUCAGGAUGCGCGUGCGCGUGGUGCUCGCCUUCUUCUGUGUCCAAACAAAUUGUUUUUGUUGAUUGCAUUGUAGUUUGCAAGAUUGCCUGGAAUGGUUUUCCUGCUGCUCCGCGUGAUACGAGUUUACGUCGUUUGUGCAUUUUCUGCACUGUCCAUUUGAAAUAACCAAUAUUGAUGACAUGUUGUUGGUGAGGAAAGUGAUCAAUCAAAUUCACAGUUUCAUCUGAUCACCACAUAAUCAACAGAAUUAAUUAUUACUCAUGAGCCAAAGCUGAGUGUUUUGACUGAGCCCCACAAGAUAUGAUUUUCUGUAACAAAAACGCAAGAGUGGAAUGUUGGGGGGGAGGGGGCAAUAUUCGGGUUUUAAAAGGCUUCUUGAGUGCACGUAAACGCAGUCUUUGGCCGCGAUGUCUUUUCUCACAAUAGCGACAUGCACGCUCACCAGACACUCAAGAUGUUCUGUCUGGUGCCCAAACUUGUUUAACUUUCACCAUUCUCGUUGCGAUCGACAGGACAAGUUUGAAUCGGAGGAGAAAUAAAUGACUGAGCGUGUUGUUAUGCCGCUGCCGCUGCCCUGCCCUGCGGCCCGGCUCCCCCUCCUCCUCACCGUUGUCCUCCUACUCUCGCUUGGCCCGCCGCACGCCACCGCUCUGGGUGCGAGCGCGUCCUGCCCGGCCGGCUGCCGAUGUUACAGCCUGACGGUGGAGUGUGGAUCCGCCAACCUCCUCGCCUUCCCCAUGCACAUGCCCACGCCCGCGCAGACGCUGUUCCUGCAAGAUAAUGCCAUUGGUCAGAUUCGCCGGCAGGACCUGAGCCCGCUGGCACACCUGCGCUACCUCUACCUGCAGAACAACAGUAUCUCUGCGGUGGAGCCGGGCUCAUUCCAGUCGCAGGCGCAGCUGCUGGAGCUGGCGCUUGAUGGGAACAGGAUCCGGUCCGUGACAGCUGACACCUUCCGGGGACUGCGCCACCUGCGCAUCCUCUACCUGGCCGCCAACCACAUUGCGCGCCUGCUGGACUUCACAUUUCGUGGCCUGCAGCGGCUGCAGGAGCUGCACCUGCAGCACAACGGCGUGGAGGCGGUGGGUGACCAGGCGCUGGCCGGUCUGACCUCGCUGGCGCUGCUGGACCUGAGCGGGAAUCGCCUGCACACCUUGGCGGCCGCUGCACUGCGGCCGCUGCUCAGCCUACAGGUGCUGCGCGUCACCGAGAACCCAUGGCGCUGCGACUGCGCCCUACACUGGCUUCGGAGCUGGAUGGAUGACGAGGGCCGGCGGCUGCUUAGCUCGUCUGAGCGCCGGCGCCUGCGCUGCCGUGAGCCGCCACGACUCUCGCGCCUGGGCUUGUUGGAGGUGCCGCCCAACAGCCUGGUUUGCAUCCCGCCCCUGGUGCAGCUGGAGCCCCGACGUAUGGCCGUGCGCCUGGGCGACAGUCUGCGCGUCUCCUGCCACGCCUCCGGAUACCCGCGCCCGCAGGUGACAUGGAGGAAGGCAUCUUCGGACAAGGCGUCACCACCGGUGCCCCGAGGGCUGGUGCACGACCUGGGCGGCGGGGCCCGAGGAGUGGGCAGCGGGACGGAGCCAUCGGAGGGCGGCCGGGCACACGUGCAGAAGAGCGACGAGAGCGCCUUGCACUUUGACCCCGACACGGGCAGUGGGAUGCUCUUCCUCAGCAACGUGACGGUGGCACAUGCCGGCGUGUACGAGUGCGAGGCCUGGAACGCGGGCGGCACAGUGCGGGUCACCUUCCAGCUUGCCAUCAACUCUUCGUCCUCGUCUAUCUGGGCCGGCUGGGCGCAGGCGGCGCCCCUCGACACGCCGGUGUGGCCGCGCCUGCGGAGUGGCGGCGGUGAGGUGAGCCAGGAGCCUCUCUACGCUCUGGGCAGCAUGGCCUUUGGCGCACUGGCCGCUGCCACGCAGAUGGCCAUCGCCGCCGGCAUCUCGCUGCUGGUGCUCACCGCGCUGCUGCUGGUCGCCAUGAUCUACAGCCGACGACUGCGAGAACACAAGGACCAGCACGCUGCGAACAAGGAGGAGAGCAUCCUUUACCUGAACGACUACUCGGACGGGCCGACCACGUUCGCCCAGCUGGAAGAGUUCCGGGACGAGCGUGGCCACGAGAUGUUCGUCCUGAACCGUGCCAAACCCGUGUUGCCACCGGCCCUGCCCGCUGCCCCCCCUGACGCCGCCGGCCCCUCUGGCUCCUUGGCAACCGGCCCACCUCCCAGCCCCUCGCUCCCCCCCGCUGAGGCGGACAGCGACAUUCAGACCGCGCUAAGAAUUGCUGGCGAGGGUGGCGAGGCGGAGCCGGUCAUGAUGCCAGAGGGCGAGGGGGUCUUUGUCAACCACGCCGGCUUGUUUGUGGACUCUCUGACGGCCUACGAGAUCCACUGCUGAAUACAGACACUGUGACCCGAUGGCUGUGCUUUUAUCAAAACUCCUUGGACAAACACUGAGCAGCUUUCUGGACUUUCGUGUACUGGCGCAUGUGCUUCUCCUUCGUACUUGUCUUCUUUGGAAAGUGAGCAAGAGAAAAUAGAAUUUUGCAGACAAACCGGGCUUGUCCUUUGAAAAUAGCAGCGAAAGAUGGAGGGUCACCUGACAUCGUUUGGUGAUGACAACGGCUGUAUGUUGUUGUUUGCAAGUGCAAUUUUGUCCUCACUGUUAAAGUAAAAAGCACCACGUGGAGGACAAUAUCGAGAA